AUGGCUCCUGCUGCUGUUGAACACGAGGUCGUCGUGCCUCCGUCCAAGGCCGACGUCUCCCACAAGGCGCCUCUGAAGCCUUCGGGUGCCCUCGACAAGUACGAGUCAUUCGAGGUUACUCCCAUUAUUGGAACUGAAUUCAAGGACGUGAACCUGGUGGACUGGAUCAACGCCCCCAACGCCGACGAGCUGUUGAGGGAACUAGCCAUCACCAUCUCCCGCCGCGGUGUUGUCUUCUUCCGUGCCCAGGAUGAUCUCACCAACGACCUGCAGAAGAAGCUGAUCCACCGCCUGGGCGAACUGACGGGCAAGCCCUCAACCUCGACUCUGCACAUCCACCCCGUGCUCAACGAUGACCGCGAGCUGGGCGGCAACGAUCCCGAGAUCAGCACCAUUUCCUCGGAGCAGCGCCGCAAGUACUACGACCCGGUCAAGUCGGCAGCGCUCUCGGGCAAGACGCAAGAAUCGGCGCAAUGGCACUCCGAUAUCCAAUUCGAGCCCGUCCCGGCCGACUACACCUCGCUGCGUCUGGUCGAGCUGCCACGCACGGGCGGCGACACGCUCUGGGCCAGCGGCUACGACCUCUACGACCGCCUCUCGGCGCCGUACCAGAAGUUCGUCGAGACGCUGACGGCCAACUUCGAGGCGCCCUUCUUCAACGACGUCGCGGCCAACGGCGGCUUCGGCGUCUACGAGAAGCCGCGCGGCUCGCCCGAGAACGUCGGCGCCGUGCUGCGCGCCACCCACCCCGUCGUGCGCACCAACCCCGUCAGCGGCUGGAAGUCCAUCUUCCCCGUCGGCGUCUUCCCCAAGAGCAUCAACGGCCUCACCAAGCAGGAAGGAGACCACCUGCUGCACUGGUUCCUCGACCUGCUCUACAAGAACCACGAGCUGCAGGUCCGCUUCCGCUGGCAGAACAAGAACGACAUCGCCAUCUGGGACAACCGCAGCGUCUUCCACACGGCCACCUUCGACUACGACCACAUCGGCCCCCGCUUCGGCAACAGGGCCGUUGGCAUCGGCGAGAGGCCUUACUUCGACCCCAAGAGCUCCUCCAGGCGCGAGGCUCUGGCGAGGGAGGCCGAGGAGGCAAAUGCUAAGGCUUGA